AUGAAUGAUGCUGCUGCUGGUUAUGAUCAUUCAACACCAUCCAUGGAAGACAAAGAAGAAGGUAUAAACAAUCAUUUCUCAAAAUUUUUUAAGGAUGCUAAUAUUAAUUCGUUAGUAGGCAAAUUGGAAGAUAUUAUUGUUCAUAGGCUUGCACAUCCUGACACAAAAACAAUGAAAAUAUUUGAGGAUCUUAAAGAAAAUGAUAGCCUUGUUGUUCGGAGGUUUAACGAUGAGAAAUGUCUUGUAAAGUUAUUGUUAACAGAAGAAGAAUCGAAAUCAUGUUCGGAAACACUUUGUGUUAUUCCAGUUCUGGGUGAUGCUGGCCUUGGUAAGACCACACUGCUCAGACAUGUCUUCAAAAAUGACAGGGUGCAAGACCAUUUUGACAUCAAAAUUUGGGUUUCACUCUCUGAUUGCUACCCUGACGGAUUGAAGUUUACGCAAAAUUUGAUCGAAUGUGCAAUUCAAAGUUUGAAAGAUAACGAGCAAAGGAAGUGGAAACAGAAACUAAGGUCAAUGGAAGAAGGUAAUCUGGAUUAUCUCCAGUUGAAGCUUAGUGAAUUGCUUCUGACGAAGAAAUUUUUGCUCAUUCUAGAUGGCGUGUCUAAUGAAAUUUGCUGCGACUGGAAUUUAUUAAGAACCCCUUUAACUAAAGGUGCAUAUGGUAGUAAGGUUCUGCUUACGACUCGCACGCAGUGCUAUUCAUUCGGAAACAACCAAAGCGGUACUGUUAAUGUUGACACUCCUUCGAAAACAACAAUGUCUGAUCGUUGUUUGGAGAUGGUGAAGAAGUUAUUUCAGUGGCUUUCCAGUGUUACAAGGACAAUUGCAUUUCACUUAAGAUUCAUCGAACAGGUGGACGGGUUUGCUUCUCUUGUACCUCCUUCAGAAUUAUCACAACUUGGUGAAAUUGUAAAGUUGUGCCGAGGGCUCCCUUCUGUUAUUGUAGCAUGUGGGGUUUUAAGACGCUCUUCUUCGACGUAUAAAAUGAAGUCAAAGUUCUUGAAACUAUUUGCGUCUUAUGAUAAAAAAUUUCCAAUUUCGUCAUCUCUGUUGUGGACGUAUCAUGGUUUUUCAUCCAUACAAUUGAAGCAAUGCUUUGUUUAUUGUGCAUUGUUCCCCAAAGGCUACAGGUUUGAGAAACACAAGCUAGUGUUACUAUGGAUGGCUGAAGAUUUCCUUCAACCUGAAUGUGGGAUGGGUAUGGAAGACUUGGGGUUUGCUUACUUCGACGAGCUUUUAUAG